CGGAUGUGACGUAGUUGCCUCUGUGUACAGCAGCAGCUGAUCGGAGCAGGUCAGACUUGGCUCGGCAUCCCUGUUGUUUUUGCGACAGUGAGAGCAAGAGCCGCUGUCCACCUGCCGCUCAUUUAGCGCAUGAUACUGGGGCGCGUUCAGCUGACACCGAACUGCUACGAGACCUGUGUGUCACGACUGAUACACCAACAGGCCUAACUACCAUGCUAAGCUAAGUGGCUACCUGUCACCGUCAGCAGAAUACAUGAACGCAGGUAGACGGUGCGGGUUGGACCGCAGCACGAUGACCGUGUGACACACUCCGAGAGAGAGAGAGAGAGAGAGAGAGAGAGAGGCGUAGAAAGCCACACAGGCCCGGCUCUUCCCGGCUCCUCUGCCCAGCCUCAGCGCUCGUCAGUCCUCUGGAAGAUGUGGCUCAAGCUGUUCUUCUUGCUGCUCUACUUCGUGGUGCUUUUCAUGCUGGCUAGAAUCUUUGAGGCGGUGGUCUGGUACGAGACUGGCGUGUUCGCGACCCAGCUGGUAGAUCCGGUCAGUCUGAGCUAUGAGAGGCUGAAGACCAUCCUGGAGUGUCGGGGCCUGGGCUACUCUGGCCUGCCCGAGAAGAAGGACGUAAGUGAGCUGGUGGAGAAAUCAGGAGAGUUGACACAUGGCGAGCUGUACUCGGCCAUCAAGAGGGAGAAGGAGCGGACAGAGGCUGGAGACUCUGGCAGCACACAUUUCAGUGGAGAGAUGCACUUCUAUGAACUAGUGGAAGACACCAAAGACGGGAUCUGGCUGGUUCAGGUCAUCGCCCAGGACCGGGACGCUCUGCUCAGUAAGUCCAGCUGGGGGAAGAUGGUGCAGAAGGUGUCUCAGUUUGGGAUCAGAACUGGAACCUUCAACUGCUCAAAUGACUACAGGUCGUGUAUCAAGCGUGGCUGGCAGCGCUCCACACUCAUCAUGUCUGUUCCUCAGACAUCAGCGUCCAAGGGCAAAGUCAUGCUCAAAGAAUACAACGGCCGUCACAUUACAAUCGAACACAUCUUUCGCUGGAUGACCUCACAUGUGGCUCAUCGAAUCAAAACCCUGCAUCGCUCUGAGCAGCUGGUGGAGGAGUGGCGGUCGGAUCCCGCCCACCCAGUCAAGAUGUUUCUGUUUGCCCGCCUCUCCCAGCCGCCAGCCUUCUUCUCCUCUCUGUCCAUCAAGUUCACUGGCAGGAUCGACUUCAUCUUUGUGGACAUAAGUCACUGGGACAACCACAGCAGCCUGUCAGAGAUCGGCGUGACACACAGCCCUGCCUACAUCCUCAAGAUGCCUGAGGGCAUCUAUCGCUAUGGCAACAGUACGGGGGAGUUUUUGUCCUUGGCUGCCAUGGACACUUUCCUACGUUCAGUCCAGCCGGAGGUCAAUGACCUGUUUGUGCUCAGUCUGGUCCUCAUCAACCUUCUGGCCUGGAUGGAUCUCUUCAUUACACAGGGUGCUACAGUGAAACGAUUUGUAGUUCUGAUCCGAACACUUGGAACCUACAACUCUAUACUGCUGGUGUCUUGGCUUCCUGUUCUGGCUCUGCUGCAGCUGUCAUACCUGGACUCCCUGUAUGGUUACAGUCUGAAGCUGCUUCGUUAUGCUGACACCACCACACUGGCCAGCCUGGUGAGAUCUGACUGGACCUUCUACUCAUCCCACCCUGCUCUCUUCCUGUCCACCUACUUAGCUCACGGCCUGCUGGUUGACUACUUUGAGAAGAAACGCCGCUGUGGGGUCAGGAGCCCAGAGGACAGCACCACCAACCUGGAGUGGCUGGCCAGUCUGUGGGACUGGUACGCUUCCUAUCUGUUCCAUCCAAUCGCCUCACUGCAGCAGCUCCCAUCAGACCAGUCAGACUGGGAGGAUGAUCCCAACCUUUUGUUUGAGCGCUUGGCGUUCCCUGAUCUCUGGCUUCGUCCACUAGUGAACGUGGACUACAUUAAAGCCCUGCCAACGUGGAGGUUCAGGUCUGUGGGUCAGCACUCUAGAGAACAGCUACAUGAAGAGAGUUCACAGUCGGACUCCGAGAAUUCUCCUCGCACACGUCACAGCACACCUCCACAUGAGAGAAGAGGGCACAAGAGGUCAGAGUGCAGUAAGGACAAGAGUAUCCAGCUGUGUGUGUACAGUGACAUGGACCAUGGCGGCGGCAGCAGCAGCAGCAGCAGCAGCAGCAGCAGCAGCAGCAGCAGCAGCCGCCACCAUGAUGAAGCAGAGGACACCUGCCUCACACCUGAGGCUGCCUCGAACCAGCAGUGCUGUGAUUGGUCAGUGUGGCCGUGUGGUGUGUUGCAGUGCUCGGAGUGUGUGGUGUGUCUGGAGAACUUUGUGAGUGAGGAGCUGCUGAUGGGCCUGCCGUGUGGCCACGCCUUCCACCAGCAGUGCAUUGUGGUGUGGCUGGCAGCGGGCAGACACUGCUGCCCGGUGUGUCGCUGGCCCAGCUAUAAAAAGAAACAGCAGCAGAGAAGUGCAGAAAACAUCUCUGCUGAAAACACAGUGCGGGACUGAUGGACAGGACUGAUGGACAGGACUGACGGAUAGGACUGACGGAGCCUCCUCUCACUGUGCCUGUCUGUCAUCGUCACAGCUUUGUGCUCAGUCAGCUUGACAUUUUCUGAGGCUUGAAGGAAUGUGAGUGCAAGGGAUAAGGGCUGCUGUAGCAUCACUCGGCUUCUUUCCCUUCCAGCUGAAGGCAACGUGCUGGCCGUCAUGACAGACACGCCGUGGGUUCUGUUGAGACAGGAUAUACAAACACAGGUGUAGUCACCAUUCAUUUUGUCAUGCAAUAAAGACACUCUUCCUCUA